AAACUCCAGGCCAGACCCUUUGAGACUAGAACUUCAACUUCCAGGGCAGGAAAAUCAGCAACUGUAGAAGGUUAUGGCAACUAAGGAUGAUAUUGCUCAGCUCAAAAAAUCAAUACAGGAAUUGCGCAGAGGACAAUUAGAGAUUCUCUUGAAGCUAGAUGACUUGCAAGAAAAGUUGGAAGGAGGAGGAGGAGGAGAAGGGAAGAAACCAGCAGAACCAGAGCCAAUUCUUACUUGUGUCCAUUGCUCUGCAGAAUAUGAAGAAUCCAAAAAUGCAGUUGGAAGCUGCUAUUAUCACAGCGGAAUGUUGAGAGGAGUUGGAUGGGAUUUCAAGUAUACCUGCUGUGGAAAGAGCAGCAAGAACUUUGAGUCUGCAAAAUUUAUAGCAGGAUGUGCCAAAGGGAAGCACAGAUCUGUUCAUCAUACAGAGUUUACUUAUGCCAACUACAUCUUCUACAUGCAAGAACAGGUAUAAAUAAAUAAAAUA